CGACGUCAAAAAAAGCAAACACCGUGUUCUUCCAUCCGAUCGUCUGUCAGAAAAAUCUAAAAAGAAAUAUAAAUCUCCAUUGUAUGGUGAUUCGUGAUUUUCUCAGUUGACUACUGUAGUAAUUUGCUAUCGUAACUACAAUGGAUGAUAACUCCUUGAGCGAUGACGAAGUAAAGGAAUCUCCUCUCAGCCCUGUUAUGGGUGGAAAGAAGCUGAAACUAAACGACGGAAGUUCGCAGGAUAGCUCCAAUGAAUCAGCUUCGUCGAGUAAGGUCGUGAAGGACGAAAAUGUGGACAGCGGGGUGUCAGCAGAUAAAUCAGAGAGCACUAGCAGCGAGGAGCGAGCCGCAGAGCCUUUAGAAGGGCCCUCGAACGUGGUGGUUAACGCGGCGCCGUCGAGCAGUAUCCAUGGGAUCGUUCUAAACAUACGGCGCCCAAGACUUGGAAGGUGUUACAGAAAACGGAAAACGCCCGACAGAGACUCCGACAGUGAUAAUUCAAGGGAUUCUGAUGAUUUAUCAACAGAAGAAAGCCCUCCUGUGUCUAGGAGAUUGUCUAAUAAUUCAGAUGGAGAGAGUGUGGAUUUGGAAAGGUCCUUAGGCGCAUUUUCAGAGGUGUCUAGAAGCCCCUCCAGCAACAGCAACCACAGUUCUUCAAAUGAGUCAAGUUAUGGGCAGUCCAGUGAGCUAAAUCUGAUCAAUUCAGACUCAGACAGUGAUGAUGGCAACCUGUGGCAAAGGUCUGACAUUGACCAAGACGACAAGGCAAAGAUGGACAGUGUCUUGUCCAAGACUAGGCCAAAACAUAGUUAUUUUAUAUUGAGAGAGAUUUUGAAUCGAGAGAUGGGCCUGACGCUGCCCAGUGGAAAGACAACCAAGGAGGAUGUGAUGUUCGAAAGGAGGUUCUAUGGCUCGCUGCACGCCGUUUACAGGCUGCAGAAGCUGCACCAUCUCAACAAGCAUAAGGGCUGUGUUAAUUCUAUAAAUUUUCAUCCUGAAGGACAACUACUAGCGUCGGGGUCCGACGACACGAACGUGGUGGUGUGGGACUGGGCGCGACAGGCGGUGCUGCAGACCAUCAAGACCGGCCACAAGUCCAACGUCUUCCAGAGCAAGUUCCUCCACCUCAACGCCAGGAGCCAGCUCAACAUCGUCACCUGCGCCAGGGAUGGACAGGUGCGUCUGCUGCAAUGCCCGCCGAGCGGCGGCGCCACGGUGUCGCGGCGGCGGCUGGCGUCGCACUCGCGCGCCGCGCACAAGCUGCACGUGAGCGCGCAGGCGCCGCACCUCGUCGUGUCGGGCGGCGAGGACGGCGUCGUGCUGCAGUGCGACGUGCGCGCCGAGCAGGCCAACAAACUGUUCCACGUGAAGGAGUCCGGCUCGUCGAUCCCCCUGUACAGCGUGUCGGGCCACCCGCUGGAGCCGCGCCUGCUGUGCGUGGCGGGGCGGGACCGCUUCGUGCGCGUGUACGACACCCGCCACGCCGCGCGCGCCCGCGACCUCUACUGUCCCAACUCCUUCCAGGACCAUGAGACAGAUGGCAAGAAGAAGUUCAAAUACAACAUGAUGCAUCUGACAUGCGCGAUAUACAACCACGACGGCAGCGAAAUACUCGGCUCGUAUAACGACGAAGAUAUCUACCUCUUCGACAGCAUACGAGAUGUCUACGAUAAAGACAACCCCAGCAAGGAGACGAACGGCUACACGCACAAGUACAGCGGGCACCGGAACAGCGCCACGUUCAAGGGGGUCGCGUUCUUCGGGCCCAAGAGCCAGUACGUCGUGUCGGGCUCCGACUGCAGCCAUAUAUACAUCUGGGACAAGGAGACUGAGGCCAUCGUGCAGUGGAUGGAGGGCGACAUCGGUGGCGUGGUGAACUGCAUAGAGACGCACCCGCGCAGCCCCGUGCUGGCGACCAGCGGGCUGGACAAGGACGUGAAGAUCUGGGUCCCCUCCAGCCAGGAGGAACCCACCUACGCGGGCCUGGAAAAGAUAGUUCGCGAAAACAGCACCACCCAGAGGAGUCCGCUGUUCAGUGAUUUUUUACCUACACUCUAUAGCGCGUGGCGCGGCGAGAACCGCGUCUUCACCGACGAGGACCGCGCGCCGCCCUACGGCGGCAACAUCGAGUUCGACGGCAACGUCUGCACCGCCUUCUAGUGAACGGGCUCGUCUAGCUGACCGGAUAUUUCCUCACGGAUGUAGCCUUGUAAUGCUGAUGGUGGUGGUGGUGGUGGACCACACCAUAGGCGGAGACGUCACGCAUGUACAGCGAGCGAAGUUGUUUUGUAUGCAGCCCUGCUUAUAAACCUCUAUGAAGGGGUGCGAACUAAACCUUUUCACUGACUGUAACGAACGGAGUGAUGAUCAUUUGUGAGAGAAAACAUCUAUGGUUGGGUAGCCGUUUGAUAGUCCAUUCAAUAUUAAUUUGUAUAUGUUAAUUAUAUUAAAAUAUCAUUUGUUAUGAUUAUAAUAGAUGAGGUGCACGAUUUAAAAAAUGUUAUAGAUUCUGUUACGUAUAUAAGGUGUACAUGUUCAUUUGUUAAUUAGAAUAUUGUUUGCGUUUUUGUUUUCACAUUACUUACAGCGUCAUUAACAUAAAGUCCGAAUAAACAUUAUAUAAUUUUCAAUACUAUGCUGUUAUUCAUAUUGCUGUUCAUCGUCAUGUAGGUAUUAAGAAAUAUGUAUAUUUGUAUAUAGUUAUUAGGGUUUUCAUUACAAAGAUCCCAUUUGAUUGGACUACAUAAGGUAGCCACGAUCUGAACCAUAACCCUUAUUUUGCCUUUGUAUUAAACUAUGUUGUCUACCAACUAUGCACUUGAUUAAAAUACUUUGUAUGUAUCUUUUAAACAUGGCCUUGAUUUUAACUAUAAAACUCCCGUGAGACUCGAACAUAUUAAAAUUGUUUAGAAACGUUUAAAAUAAUUUUAAUAGAGCCUAAAUUGUCCAGCUCUCAGGUCGAGGCUGCCUCAGAAGGCUAUUCAGCUGCGUUAAGAUAUUUCAAGCUGUAAUGUCUAUUGAUAUUAGGUUAUUUGUUCUGCCAAGCAGCUCCAUGUAUAUAAACUUAUAGUUAGUUCCUGGAUGGAACCCACACACGUGCGUGAACUAGUCUAGCCGUGGGCGAAGUCGAACCUGCGAGGCUCUUUUCUUUCAAUGUGUGUCAAGGUAUCCGAACCGUAGGAGGCUCCGGUGAGGCUCCCUUUUGAAUCACACCAAAGAGAAUUUGAAAUAGACAGUUACUGUCAUGGAAAAUUAUGUAGCUACAAUACAUUUACUGCCAUCUUUCGACAGAAGAUUAAAACUGUUAGAACGCCAUUUGACUUUGAUCAUUAUUCUUUCACUGAUAUGUGUUAACUUGUUAAAUAUUAAUAAUAACACCAUCUAAUCGAAGGCUGAAGGUUAUAGCGCCAUCGCUCGAAAAGAUUGCACUAUACCUUUGACCUAGUGUCGAGUAGAUGGCGUUAAUAUUAAUAUUUAACAAGUUGACAUGUAUCGAUGAAAUAAUAAGGAUCAAAGUCAAAUGGCGUUCUAACAGUUUUAAUCUUCUGUCGAAAGAUGGCAGUAAAUUUACAGUGGCUACAUAAUUUACUUUGACAAUCCGCCUCUCUACACUCUAUUCUCAUUGGUCACACGAACCCGUCGCCGCAACGAAGUUACUUUUCAUGAUAUGUAUUUCAAAAUGUUUUAAAAUCAGAGCGUAGUUUCGAUUGUAUGAGAGCGGCUAGCUUCACGUGACUCAAGUGCAAGGCCGUGGUUGAGAGGCCACUUCGCCCACUCCUAGCAACGCCACUGCGAGUUAAUAUAAACAUAAGCUGUACAUAUGUGAUGUGGUUGCCGGUGGUACGCGAGUACAAGUACCUAUCAAUAUUGUACAUACAUGUAUAUUACAUGUUGUCUUUGCAAGGAGCCUGAGCCGUUACGUGUUUAUCACUGAUGAGGAUCCGCACGCCGAUCGGUGUAUGAGCGAGACAGCGGUAUGCGCGUCUAAGCGACGUCCCGCUUACACACCGGAUCCGUAUCCAAUACGAAUGAAACCGCCUUACACGUUCAUGAUUCGGAUGGGUACUUCAACCGUGUGUUUUGUUAUACGCAGAAUAGUGUGAGUGUUACGGAGACUGUAGUUGUGAGAUACUGAUAUUACGGAACUAUGACCUAAGCAGAUUUUUGGAAACGGGAUAUACGAUAGCAAUUGGUGAGACUGAACGUCUUUCGGCGACCGUAUUAUUGCCUUGUAACAUUCUCCAGUCUAUAGAAGCGUUAAAAAAACUAGUCAUAAUGACAUCGAAUCGGCAAUUACCCUUUGAGUUCCUGGGACCUAAAUUUGCCAAAACGACCUUGAGGUUUUAAAUUUAAAAUUGGAUUAUGAUCCUGAUAUGUCCUUUCAUAACUAGCUUGAUAUUUCAGUUCAAUGGAAUUUGGAAUUUCUCCUCAAAAAGAGACAAAUAGCCCACGUUCGAGGAUACCCUUGUGGGUUACACAGUUUUGCGGUGGUUAUUAUAUUAAAGGUCAAAGUUGCUCCCCAACCCUAACAUCAAUAUGUACCCAAUAUUUAAAUAAGCCAACGAGCACUAAUGUUAUUGGAGGUUAAACAUCUUAGUGGCUUCUCGUCUCCGGUCUUGCAGGAGCAAAACCAUAGGUUUUGAGGACAACUUGUCAGGCGUUUAUGCGGUCUACAAACGUAACAAGUUAACAACAACAUUACACUCUGGCUGUAGUGAGCGAUAGGGACGCAGCUAUCUAUUAGAAUAGGAUACCGUUCCAAUUCAAAGUAGGUAUAGCAAAGGGUCCCUUUAGUUAGAUUAUUGUGAUAUAAUAUAAUUGAUAGGUUUGUAGAACGUUUUAUUGUAAAUUUCCUUCUGAACGUGUCAUGACAAGUGUUCUGUGUGUAAAUCCCCUUAUUUAUACUAGAUACUUGCAAUAAAAUUAAACAAAUUGUUUGAU